UCUGCAAUGGGAUGUGCGGAGAGCCUGCCCGAAUCCCGGCAGCCUGUGAGGGCUGGGGAUGGCGCCGGGCAGGGAGGAAAGGCCGCGGGAGCUGCCGCGGGGAGUGGCGGCGCGGCCCUCGCCGUGCCGGCCGUGGGGCGGCGGCUGAGCCCGGCAGCGGGAGCGGCUCUCGGGGCCCGGGCGUGGCGAGGGAGCGCCCGCGCCGCGGUAUUUGGGGUGUGUGUUCCGACGGUCGGUGUCUUACUUUGGAUUUUUCCUUCUGUGUAGGGAUGUUUUCUGAGUGACACAACGGGGCACCUGGUUGGAAAAUGACCUGUUGAGAUGCUGCCAGGGAACAGCUUUGCCGUGAAAGAAUUCCCCCGCGGCGCUUCCACCCGGGCAGGCCUGCACCUCCCGGCUGUUGGCAGCAGUUUGGCUGGCUCAGCUAGCCCCGGGCCAGCGGCUGCUGCCGCUGGGGAAGCCUGUCCCAGCCUUAGGGAACGGCACCAAACAGGUCCCUGCACGGGGUUGCUGCGUCGCGCCCAAAGAUGCCGAAGUCUGUAGGUUUUCACUCCGAAGCAUUCCGUGAACAAGGACCUGCACGAAGGAGGAGGAGGACGUGCCCACAAAAGAUUCAGUUCACUAGAGGCUGGAAUUCCCUUGCAGAAGCUGAGAAUCCAGAAAAGAACAGUCAUUGGAAACCUGAGUGGGAGACAAGCUGAAACAAGAGAUGGAGUGCACGUUCGAGAAGUGAUAAUCACCUAUUGAAGAUUGUGUCAGAAUGGAUCGUGAGUAUAUGACGAAAGAUUGUGUCAAAAUGGAUCGUGAGUAUAUGACGAAGAUCAACCAUUACUGUCAAAUGCAUAAACUUAAACUGGUUUAUGACCCCAUCAAUAUGACGGGCCCGUCUCAUGAUCCUGAGUUCACAGUUGUUGUCAGAAUAAACGGUGAGGAAUAUGGUAGAGGCACUGGUAAAAGUAAAAAAGAAGCAAAAGCAGUAGCAGCAAAAGAAACAUGGGAAAUGAUUGAGAAACAGCAUAACAGUUCCUCAAAUAUGGCAGCUGCAGAGUUAGCGACAACUCAAACAACCUCAUCACCUGCACCAGACAAAGAUUAUGUCAGCCUGUUAAAUAUUUUUUCACAGAGGUCGUGUCAAAUAGUUGAUUAUACUAAAACUUGUAUUGGAGAUGCCCAUGCUCCCACGCAUUUUGUUAGCUGUAUGAUUAGUGGUCAUUUGUACGGAAGGGGAGCUGGACCUUCCCUAGCUGCUGCAAAACAAGCUGCAGCAAAGGAAGCAUAUGAGAAGAUGGAAACUGAAAGAUCUAAUGGCAGUUCUACAUUUAGCAAAUACAGCAAUUCCUCUCAAGUGCCAGCUGAGUCUGACUCAGAUGAAAACAGCAUUUGCUUUGCUGACUCAUCUGCAAAGUUGGUAGAAAAAGUGAAUGACAUGGCAGUAUGUGAAAAGCCUUCACCUUUGCAGAGAAAUGCACAAAGUUUGAAGGCCAAAAGAAAAUUGGCAGCUAAUUUUGCUUGUUUUGUAAGAAACAAGGAAGAGGGAGCAAAUAUGUCAGAUUCAAAUGCAAGUUUGCCAGAUGUGGACACAAAUACUGGAGGAGAGAAGAGUCCGCACACUGUCAAUAAAACAUUUCUCGAACAUUUUGAAGAAAUAGAGCCUAUUGGUGCAGGUGGUUUUGGGAAUGUUUUCAAGGCAACAUCAAAGUGUGAUAAGAAAACCUAUGCAAUCAAACGAGUUGAAUUCACAGAGAAAGUAGAGCGUGAAGCACAAGGGCUUGCAAGACUUACACAUGAGAACAUAGUUCGCUAUCAUUUCAGCUGGAAAGGGGAUGACUAUAUCAAGUACCCAGACUCAAGCUGGAGACCAAACCAGAAAAUUCUCUGUCUUUUCAUCCAAAUGGAAUUCUGUGAACAAGGAACAUUGGAAAACUGGGUUGCAAAAACUAACGAAGACCGAAAGUAUCAUGAAAUGGCACAAAACAAAUUUUUACAAAUAGUGAAAGGAGUGGAAUAUAUUCAUUCUCAAAAGUUAAUUCAUCGAGACCUCAAGCCUCAGAAUAUAUUCAUAUCACAUGAUAAUAAAAUAAAAAUAGGUGACUUCGGUCUUGUGACUUCUGUGGCAUUUGAGACUUUGACUGAGAACAGAGGAACAAAAUCGUAUAUGGCACCAGAACAGGCUGGGGCCAGAUAUGGAAAGGAAGUAGAUAUUUAUGCAUUGGGAUUAAUUUGGUUUGAAAUUCUUUCGGCAUUCACUUGUCAUGAAAAAACUAAGGUAUGGCCUUCUGUUAGACAAGGUGUGCUCCCAGAGCGCUUCACCAUCCAAUUUCCAACAGAGGUAUGGGAUUUUAAUAUAUUCUUUGGGUACUGUAUUAAUUAAAAAAUAAACCAAAAAAACCAAAAACAACAACAAAAAAAACAAACCAAAAACCCAAACUAUUGACAUUUAAUUUUUUUUGCAGGCAUCCAUAAUCAAAAAGAUGCUUUCAACAGACCCUUCAGGAAGAAU